AUGAAAAGUAUGAAUUUCAAAUAUGUUUACCAUUACUUGAUUAGUCAUCUGCUAAUUAUUCUGUUUCUUAUUCCUGUUAUUGCUGUAUUUCUCGUUGAAGUCAGUUCAGAGAACCGUGGAUAUGUGUAUAAGCUUUGGUAUUAUCACAUAGCCAAGUUCAAUCUUGUCAGUGUUACCAUUUGUGUGGGUAUUGUUUCCGGUUUAUCAGUUUACAUGAUGAAACGGCCUCGAACUGUCUACCUAGUUGAUUUUUCCUGUUAUCUCCCACCUAGUCAUCUUCAAGUUUCAUUUGAAACACUCAUUGACCGUGUUCAGCGUUAUAGCAACCAGAGUGCCUCAUCUAUUGUAUUCCAACGAAAGAUUCUCGAGCGAUCUGGACUAGGUGAAGAGACGUGUCUUCCUGAAGGCUUGCAUUGCCAUCCACCAGAUCGAUCUUUUGGGACGGGAAGGAAAGAAACAGAGCAAGUUAUGUUCGGAGCUCUUGAUAAUCUUUUCUCAAUUACUAAUGUUAAACCUGGGGACAUUGGUAUUCUUGUGGUGAAUUGCAGUUUGUUUAAUCAUGUCCCAUCGCUUUCCUCCAUGAUUAUUAACAAAUAUAAACUGAGAAGUAAUAUUAAGAGCUUUAGUUUGGGAGGGAUGGGCUGCAGUGCUGGAGUUAUAGCAAUUGAUCUUGCCAAGGAUUUACUACAGGCUCAUCGAGACACGUAUGCAAUUGUCUUGAGCACAGAGAACAUUACUCUACCGGCAUACGAUGGAAACAACAAAUCCAUGAUGGUAACUAAUUGUCUAUUUCGUGUAGGCGGAGCUGCGAUUCUUCUCUCCAACAAAUUUCAAGACAUGCGACAAGCCAAGUACAAAUUAGUUCAUAUUGUGAGAACCCAUUUUGGUUCAAAUGACGAAGCAUUUAAAUGUGUGAGGCAGGAUGAUGACGAAGUUGGUAAAGUUGGUGUCUCCCUGUGCAAAACUCUCAUGGAAGUUGCAGGACUGGCACUAAAGACCAACAUCACCACUCUAGGUCCUCUCGUCCUUCCAAUCAGCGAACAACUUCGUUUUAUCACUGCUCUGGUGAUUAAGAAGUUGUGCAAGAACCGGAAAAUGAAGACUUACAUCCCUGAUUUCAAACUUGCAUUUGAGCAUUUCUGUAUACAUGCUGGUGGAAGAGCAAUAAUUGAUGAAAUGGAAAAGAACCUAAAUCUUUCGCCUUCUCAUGUUGAACCUUCACGAAUGACUCUUCAUCGAUUUGGAAACACGUCAUCGAGCUCAAUUUGGUAUGAGUUGGCCUACAUGGAAGCUAAAGGAAGGAUGUGCAAGAACGACCGUGUCUGGCAGAUUGCAUUAGGAAGUGGGUUUAAGUGUAAUAGUGCAGUCUGGGUUGCACUUAAAAAUGUGAAAUCAUGUCCCAAGGGUAAUCCUUGGGAGGAUUGCAUUCAUAAGUAUCCUGUGUAAAAUGGGGCUCAACUAGUAGCUCGGGAAUUAGCUUUCACAAUCACGGGAAGGAUCUCGUGUAACGAUCCUAUAUCUCCUCCUAAUUAGAGUAGUAUGGUUUAAGGUUGCAAUGUUUAACGUCAUCUCGUUUUUUAUGUCCCUUGGUUUGUCUUUGUUUACAAUUUGACAAAGUGUUAUGACAAUAUUUUGCUCAAAAGUAUAGGAAACGAAAAAUAGUUUGGAAAAUGUACGACAUAUACAUGCAGCCUAUUGCUUGGAUAUUAUGAAGACUUAUUUGCAUCAGUAAAGCAGAGCUACAAAAGCAAUACCUUUUGAUGGCUUAGUGCAAAGUUCAUGAUAAAAAAAAAUCUUUAAUUUUCCAACAAAAUUACUUUUCAAAGAGUUGAAAGAUCGUUUCUAUGAUGGCAUGUUUUUAGACUCACAUCGAGCGGAUGAAUAUCUCAGAAUUUUCAACACUAUUCUUUUCUGAAAUAGUUUUAACGCAUAUGCGGCAUUCAUUGUUUCAGGGAGUUUGUGAUUAAAUUUCUCAAACUAAUCUUCAUCAGAUAUACGAAGGUUUUCCUAGUCAGAAGUUAGGUUUUGAAGUUGUGGUUCUUUCUAUGAGGUAUUCACUUCAAAUACGGUUUCUAAGAUGUCUCGGGCUUCCUUUGACGUUUCACAUGUAGAUACAUGAUGUCGAAGUUUAGGAUUAUGACAUGGAUAAUAGCAUUUAAUCCGUCAAAACUUUGCUUUGCAGCAAGGAUUUCAUUAGGUUCAUAAUCACCAAUAUCCUUUGCACCGGUUACGCUGUUUACAGAAACUGCGGGACUGUCGUGUCCUCUGAAAACUUCUCUUCAUAGCAAAAUCACAGGCUUGUAAUAAGAAAUGCAUAGUUAGUUUCCACCAUAAGUACUUUGUGCCAUCAAAGGCUGGUGGUACAUUAAUUUGUGUCUGCUUUAAUACCAAUUGAA